AUUAAUUAAAUGAUAUAAUAUGAUUUUACAGAUAUGGAAAUUGAUGGAGAAUCCAAUCAUAAAAUAAUGGAAAAAAGAUGCAAUCAUAGAAUAACAGAAAAUAAUAAUGAACACGUACAAAAAACAGACGAACAAUUACAAAAACCCACUUCUAAUGAAUCUCAUCAUCGGUAUCUUGUGGAGACUAUAACUAUGACAACUGUUACCGAACACCGAAUUGUACGUGAAAUCAGUGAAGAUAUUGAUUUGCAAAAUGGAAAGAAAAUUAAUCGAAAAAAUAUUUUGGAAAAAAAUGUUACUUCCCAUAAUAUAACAAAUAAUCAUAACACAAUCAGUGAAAAUAAUUCUAUUGACUGUAUCGGAUAUAAUAAAGAAAUUCAUUGUCGCAAUAUUACCGAUGAUCAUAAUACGCCAAUAAUGAUAAACGAUAUUGAAAAUGACAAUGAAAAUCAGUUUACGAUAAAUCAAACUCCAUCUGAUAUAAAAGAGUUUUCCCUUAUUUUUAAACUAGGUAACUCUUCUUUAACGGGUAAUAGUCUUAAACCAAACUCAGCAGUUAGACAACUAUUUCCUAAUCCAAAAUUUGUUUCGCCGCCACCAGUCCCUUUUGGAAAACUGAUUUCUUCGACGCAUGCAUUUGAUGAUCCUCAAGAUAAUUCGACAUUUCUCGUUACUACAGAUAAUUCACGUUUUUAUGGUGCAACGAAAAAUUCGAAAAUUUCUGAAAAUCAAACUGUAUUUCUUCAGGAAGAGACAACGAAUCCAAUUAAAAAAACAAUCGAGAGAAAUACUCUUCGAAGAAGUCUUCUUGAUAAAUAUCGUACAAAUUCUCGAAAGAAAAUUCUUCCUUCCAAGAAUUUAUCAUUAGAGGAACGAAUACGUCAACUCACUUGCGUGGAUCAAGAAGAAGAUAAUAUUUGUCAAAAUUCUAUUAAAGAUGUCAUAGAUUCAUCAAAUACGAAGAUCGAUGCCGAAUUUUUUGCUUCGAUACAUGCUCCAUUAUCAGAACACAAACAAAAUAAAUUAUUAUCAACGGAAACACUUAUUUGUAAUACAGCAGGCAUUAAUAAAAUGUCAACAGUAACUACAUUAUCGACAUCGAUACCGGUCGCUACGAAAUUCAAUGCAUUGCCUGAUUUAACAACAAUGACUACUACCACGAUAACUACAACAGCAAUGACAACAAUGUUAAUAUCAAACUCUUCAUUUGUAAUGACAACGGCAACGACAACAGCUAUGACAACAACUAUUGCAAGUUCCAAUUAUUAUAAACAAACUUCUUCAGUUGAUAAUAGUCCAAUUCUGGAUAACAUACAUAAUCAUUCGACAUAUAAAAAAUUAACUGAUUUGUUUGUACACAAAAAAAAUAUUCCUUCAAAUUUACCUGAUUUAGGUCUCGGUAAUAAUGGAAAAAAUAAUAUUGCUAAAGAUAAUCAACAAUCAAAAAAUUCAUUAAAAACGAAUAAUUCUGAUGUUCGUAAACAAUUUUUAGCCAGUCUUGCACCAUUAUCAUGUGUAACUGUUAAUAAUUCAGAUACUCAAGAAGAUUACUAUCAAUAUAAUUCUAGAAUAGAAAAUCCUAAUUCUACAGUUUAUAAUACUUAUAAUGCUUUUUCGCCUUACAAUCUAGAAGAUAUCAAAGCAGUAUUUUGUGAAGAAGAUCGAAAUAAUGUAGAACCAGACAUUACCAAAGGAACACCAACAAAUAUCAACAAGCCAGAUGUAGGAGAUAGUACAACAGAUGAAUUAUUGGCAUUUAUAGAACAAGACAAAUUUAGAAUUGAAAAAUUAAAACGACGUUAUAAUGAGGUCGAAAAUCAAUAUCAUCCAAUAAUAAAUAAUAUUAUUGGUUAUAACACUGAAGAUAAAAUCGAUAAAAUUGUCGAUGGAAAAAAUGAAAAUGAUAGUCGACAACAAGUUGGAUUUACUUAUAACGAGAAUAUUAAUAAACAUGAAAACAAUGGAAACAAAAAUCGUACUGUGAUUAAUGAAGUGCAAAGCAUUGUUAAUCGCCAUUAUAAUAGUAAUGGCAAUAAUAUUAGUAGGAAUAAUGAUAAUGAAAACGACAACGAUGAUGAUGAUGAUGACGACGACGAUGAAUUAAAUGAUUAUGGAUUUAACCGUAGACCAUCAGUAACCGGCAUCAAACGAUGUCAACAAGACAAUAAUAUCGAAGAAAAAUUUCAUCAAUGUGGAAAUUUGGAAAAUGAUAAUACAAACAUUCUUGAAGCAAAUUUUCAUUCUUCGUUACCGGCAUAUUAUGAAAAUAAUUGUAUUAAAGUUGAUAGCCGAAUCGCAUUAUAUGACAAAACAAUAAAUGAUUCUACAUCAAACUCGUUUCUUGACACUGUAGUUGCUGAUGAACAAGAUGCGAACACAAUUAAUAGAAUAAAUACUAUGCAAAAACAAAUUGAUGAUAUCUAUCAAACUAUUGUGGAGAAUACUAAUGUUACUACUCAAAAUUCUUUGGAUUGUGCACAGUAUACGGACGAUGUUUUCAUACAACAAUAUUCUCGAUUACCAGCAAAUGAUAAUAACUUUCGUUUUUAUCAAGAUUCCAGAAAUAGUCAGCAUUUCCAAGAACAAUUAAAUAUUACGAAUACACGAUCAACGCGAGGUAUUGCAAUCGGAGCUGAGGAGAUUGAUGGCAAUAAUACUAUUACUGGUAUCAAUGAAGAUAGAAAUACAAAUGGAUUCUCUGGAAAAACUCGACGAAGAGAAUCUAUUGCAACUUCUUCUAAUUAUCGAUGUAACAUAAUGCCUACAAAUGCGUAUAAAGGAGUUCCUACCAAUGGCAAAUGUUACCGAACCAUGUAUUUUGUUCCAUAUAAUAGUAUAUCCGAUCCAACUUAUCAAAAUAUUCAACGCAUUUUGCCAUCUCAUCCUUCUCCUAGUUACGCGAAUCAUAUUGAAAGAUAUCCAUAUCCUCGAUCUAACAAAAAUAAUCAUCGAUUGCAAACACAACCAUCAUUAUCAACACAACAAUUGAAAUAUUUCCAUUUAGGAAAUCCUUCAAUAUCACCAAUAACAAACAUUUCUCAAAAUUUUGAUCACGUUUCGCCACUUCCUUCUUCUGAUUCAUUCAAUAAUCAUUUCUCAAGAUCUUCUUCUCUUUUUGAUUCUCGACUUACAUCGUCUAAUCCAAUUACAUUACAACCUACACAACAAACUUUGCAUCUUCAUUUGCAUCAUCGUCAGCAACCAGAUGAUUUUCGAAUUUCCGGAGUUGCUUUUUCUUCAGUUCCUCAUACUGCGAAUCAUUCGUUGCAAUUUCAUCAUCACACGCAACAACAGCAUCAUUCAUAUCAUCGGCACAAUCACCAACCAACCUUUUAUCAUUUACCAUCCACCAUAUCCGUAACACCUUCUUCUUCAUCCUCCUAUACCGUAAUAGCACCAUCGAAAUGUGCUUCCUUUAAUGGUGGCGGGAUAGCAACAUCCGAAGGUUCUUAUCGAUUUUAUCAACUGCAUUUAGGACGUACAGUUCUCACACCUUCCUCUGAUCUUCAAUCGGCUCAAACAUUUUUAUCCUCAUCUGAUUCUAUUUCAGGUCCUACUAAUUCCACUUCUCCUUCACUAUCAUCUUCGCAUUUAUCAUCAUCUUCUCUACAAUCCACUUUUUGUUCUCUACCAACAGUUACAUCUCAACAAAUACCUCAACAAACCUCGAACUUUAUUUUCCCAAAUUAUACAGGGAUUAUUCAUUCUGUUUCUAAUAAUCUCGUAACUUCUGCACCGUCCACUGUCACUGUUUUCUCUUCUUCAACUAUUUGUACCUUGUCUUCUUCGUUGACAUCAUCAUCAUCUUUAACAUCAUCAUCUGCUUCUUUUUCUUCUUCCUCCUCCUCUUCUUCAACUUGUUCCUUUUCUUCCUCUUCGUCAUCUUCUUCCUCAUCUUAUUCAUCAUCUUCUUCGUUACAAAUUCCUUGCUCGCCUUCGAAACUACAACAACAAAUAAUUAACAAUUAUACAACAAUGGAACGUGGAGUUCCUGAAGGAGCAGCUAACGUACCAUCCCAUGAUGUUUCGCAAUCCGAAAUUUUACUUACAACAAAUUCUUAUGUCACACAUAAUUCCACUGGUGUUCAAGCUUUACCAGCUCAUGCGCAAAAUUCUAUAUAUUAUGCCAUGAACGUUUAAAUCCAUAUAUUGUUAGAUACAUGUUUAUAUAUAUAUA